GCCCCACCAGCUCUUCAUGUUCCCAUUCGCACGCGUAAAUUCAUUGUUCCCGACAAGUCUGGCCAGUCGCAAAUAAGCGAAACUCCGCUGCACAACGCCUUGACGUCAAAUGUUGAUUGUGAGCCCCAGUCACACUCGAUGGACGUCCUCUGCUCUCAUACCGACACCUGCAUCCACACCCAUCCCAAGGCCAAUUUCACUUCGCCGGCCCUCGCACAAACCAGUUUAUGCCAGUCAUGUGUGCCGUCGAUUCGCCAGUACCCUCAACUCCAACAUGAGGCCAUACAGUUCCACCGGCCAGCGCAUCAAUGCUGCCCACGCGACGAGGACAGUGGCCGCUACCAGCACCGAUGGGCGACCGAGAUGCGUACAGCAUCCGCCACUGGUGCCUCGGACGCCUGCACCAAAGUGGGCGCCAUCGAGACGACAUCACUUUCUCCCUCGGCAACACAUGCCGCUCGGACGAAGGCUUCCACACUGCUCAUCAGGUCGCCCGUAGCCCUUGACAUCUUUCAACCUUUCGACAGGCCUGAGGCGACACCGUCAGACGGUAGCGUGUCGACAACCCCGGCCUGGCAACAUGUCGGCCAACAGACAGACCCAAUCAGACCGCCCAAAAGGGAGCCGCUUGACGCGGACUGGCCCCGCACCGCGACGAAGGCCCAAAGUCCGUCGGGCCGUCCGAAAGUCGGAAACCGAGGCCACCGACAAGACGUGUCGUCUUGCUUGAUUUCAGAAAGUUGGGGCCGUCAGCCGGUGCUAGCCAACGCUAUGGCCUCGGGCAACAUUGCAGCUGAGAUGUCCCAUUGCUCGGCCAAUGCGGCUGCAGCCAGCCAAGAAAAGCUGACAACGCCCAGAUGGAAGGUAGAUUUGUGCGAAAAAGAGAACGCUUCUACUCGUGACUGA